AUGUUAUUCUCCUUCCUCACUCUCUUCCCCCUCCCAGACACAUGCGCACUCAAGGCCUGUGGUGUGAACGGGUGGUGCAUGAAGUUUGGCACUACUAAAGUGGCGUCCUGUCUGUGUUACACUGGCUUUGAGCUGCAGCCGGAUGGCAAGACGUGCACUGGCUAUCGGAAUGUGUUGGGCACGUGUGUGGGCAUCGACCCAUGUGGGGGCUGCCCUGUAGGACCAACAUGCACUGCCACUGCCUCUGGGAACGUUCCAUACUGCAUGUGCCCUCCCGGCUAUGGCAUGACUAGCACUGGCUGCAUCAGCGGCGCCACCCCCACCGUCUCUUCCACCAGCAUCACCUACGAUCAGACCAACUACACCGUCACUUUCAACACCUACACAAUGCGACUCAACUUCAACGCUGCACCACCCUCCCUCCUAUCACCGUUGAGGCCACGCGACGAUUCUGCGAGCGGACAGGGUGCCUGGGGGGCGAGGGACUGUGCUGCUGUGUACGCGUUCCCGUGGAGCAGCUGGUGCAUUGGUCCCAAGACAACGCUUCGCCCUCCAGUUAAUGGAACAGGCGGGUCGAUGUGA